UUCUCUGUAGGUAAUCAGGAGAACAUACGCACACAAAGACACUUGUAGUUCAGAGGCCACUUCAAACAAGGUUCUUGAAUUCAGAUGAGGUUGGUAGUGAAAAGGAGCACACUGCAGCGCACACACGCAAUCUGCAAUUUAAAUGAUGCUUUUGUCAAGUGCCAUGUGAUUGUUCCUUUGAUCCGUUCACUCCAUCCAUCCCUUCGUAUGAGUUGUUGUGCGUCCUUCGUGAUUGAGAAUCAGAUCAAUGGACGGGAUGCAGCCAAGCUGAACACAUGAACUGAACUGGUGGACUGAUGAACUGACGUCGGAAAUCUGUCAGGAAAUUUAUCAGCAUGACAGGUACAGUGCAGGAUUCACACAGGCUGUCUGUGAAAACAUGGACAGAGGAGGAGAGUGAUCGGGCUGACAGCACACUUAGCAGAGCACAGUCGAUUUGUGAUGACACUUCUUCAGAGCUUCAGAGAGUGGCGGCCAUUGACAGAAGGGGUAUUAAUUCCCAGAAUUCCUUUCGUGGGCGAGGAGCUCUGUCCAGGAUAGUUAGCAUGGUGAUGACUCUUAGAGAAUGGGCACAGAAGAGUCUGACGGAGGAGGUGGAGCGACCGGACUCAUUCCUCGAACGUUUCAGAGGUCCAGCUCACGUGGACAUGCAAGCCCCACCCAGCAGGUUCAGCCACAGCCACAAUGGCUCUGAGGCAGAUAAUGAAGUCAGACGCUCCAGACGCAUGAGGAGGAGGUGUAAUGUUGUGGUCUUAUCACCAUCUGAUGAUGCAUACUACCACUGGCUGGUGAUGAUUGGUGCUGCUGUUUUUUAUAACUGGACCCUAUUAGUUGUCAGGGCAUGCUUCGAUGAGCUCCAGAUGAGGAACGUGUUGGUGUGGCUCGUACUGGACUACAUCUGUGAUGGAGUCUACAUCCUCGAUAUAGCUGUUCGUCUACACACAGGCUUCUUGGAUCAGGGCUUGGUGGUGAAAGAUGUACAGCGUCUGAGAGAAACCUACAUUCGAACCUUACAGUGUAAACUUGACAUUUCCUCCAUCCUUCCAACGGACCUCUUGUACCUGACCGUUGGAAUCGGCUACACUCCUCUUCUUCGAUUCAACCGGUUGCUGCGCCUGCCACGCCUGUUUGAGUUUUUUGAACGCACAGAGACUCGAACAGGCUAUCCCAACGCUUUCCGCAUAUGUAAGCUGGUUCUGUACAUCCUGGUGAUCAUCCACUGGAACGCCUGUGGGUACUACAGCUUCUCCAAACUACUGGGACUGGGUUCUGAUUCUUGGGUUUAUCCCAAUGCAUCAGAUCCUGAGUUUGGCUCCCUGACAAGAAGUUACAUAUACUGUCUCUACUGGUCCACUCUGACACUGACCACAAUUGGAGAGACACCACCUCCUGUCAGAGAUGAGGAAUAUUUGUUCCUAAUAUUUGACUUUCUGGUGGGCGUUCUGAUUUUUGCCUCUAUUGUGGGUAAUGUGGGAUCCAUGAUCUCCAAUAUGAAUGCAACGAGAGCAGCCUUUCAGAGCCGUGUAGACUCCCUGAAACACUACAUGCACUUCAGACGUGUAAGCAAGGUGCUGGAGCAGCGUGUCAUUCGCUGGUUUGACUACCUCUGGACCAAUCAGAAGACAGUAGAUGAACAGGAAGUGCUGCGGAGCCUGCCCAAUAAACUGCGAGCUGAGAUCGCUAUUAAUGUUCACCUGGACACACUGAAGAAGGUGCGUAUUUUCCAGGACUGCGAGGCAGGCCUUCUUGUGGAACUGGUAUUAAAACUUCGGCCACAGGUUUUCAGUCCUGGAGACUACAUCUGUAGAAAGGGAGAUGUAGGUAAGGAAAUGUACAUAAUUAAAGAAGGGCAGCUGGCAGUCGUGGGAGAGGAUGGAGUCACCCAGUUUGCUGUUCUAACCUCAGGAAGCUGCUUUGGAGAAAUCAGCAUCCUGAACAUCAGCGGCAGCAAGAUGGGUAACAGACGCACAGCAAAUAUUCGCAGUCUGGGAUACUCAGACCUGUUCUGCCUUUCCAAACAAGACCUGAUGGAGGCGCUUCAGGAGUUCCCUCAUGCGAGAGCCCAACUGGAGCAAAGGGGGCGAGACAUCCUGCAGAAGGAAGGGCUCCUGGAGGAGGUAAACGUGUCCGCAGGGGAGGACCUUGAGGAAAAAGUGGAGAGGCUGGAAACCAGUCUGGACCGGCUACAGACAUGUUUGGCCCGUCUGCAGAGCGAGUUCAACUCUUCCCAACUUCGACUGAAACAAAGAAUAACAACCCUCGAACACAACACUGCCACAAUAACAACAGGCAGCGGCUUCCUGUCAGAUGGUGACGGCAAUGAGAGUGUUUCAGGUUGUGACGCCGUACGCAGCGAAAUCAACAUCCGACUCUGAAGCAGAUACUCUGACCGCCGAAAUACAUAGCAAUAGCACACAACAUCAUCAGUGCUGCAAAAUACUUUUUGUUUAUCUAUUCAUAAAAAUUAAAAUACAUAAGUAAAUACUAUAAACCUUUGUUUGUUUGAUGAUUGAUGACAUUUCAGUUUUGUUUUCCUUAAUGUAAGCUUGUCUCUCGACUGUCAAAUUUAAAGGCCACAGACACUCAAUUCAGAAUCUAAUAAAGAUUAAAAAAACAUAACAAGACAUACGAUGACACUAAAAAAAAAAAUUGCUAAUAAUUUGGGUGAAGAGGACAGU